AUGAAUCCGUUUGGCCUUAGCAUACUAUUUCUUUUGGCUGCUGCUCCCUAUGGCGCGUGCGACUAUAUUUAUGAUUAUUUUCCUCUCGAUCACCAAACACAGCCAAUAAGUGCAGAGAAUCUCAGCUUGGAUUACGUAACCCCGAGAGACAACAAAUUCAUCUCCACUUUGGACUGGGAUCCUGAAAGAGAUAUCCCACUCCUGCCUUUGAAGGAGGAAAUGUUAUUGAUACUCUUUAACUUGGGACUAUGUCAACAUUAUCACAACCAUCUUCAAUUCUUAUGUCCAUCUACCUGUCUUGGGCGCCUAAAAGGCAGCUUGUUGGAUGAAGACGCCCUUCCUUCAGAAAAUGGCAAUCCUUGUGAACUGCAACGAAACACACGGACUCCAGCUUGCGAAUCGGUACCGAAAGGAAAAUUUUCCCAACGGUUUUCCAAGAAUCUAUGUUAUCAAUUGGUCACGAUAUAUUUAUAA